AUGUGGGGGGUCCUGCAUCGGGGCCUGCGGUGCCUGUCCGGGAGCCUGUCGCCGCCGCCCGCCGCUUCGACCUUGGCCGCGAGGGACAUCAAGGGUCUCGGCACUACUUCCAGGAGAAAGGCCUUGCAGUUGCUUUUGAGGGAAGUAAGGAGAAAGAACAAAACAUCAGGUGAUGGAGGGGUGCUCUACAAGAGACCAAAAGGUGUCUUGGUGUUUGGGAGGAAGGCACUCAGGCAGGCUAAAAAAUGCAGGGCCGAUGCAAAGAGAGAAUGGGGCGCUGUGAUCCAGGAGAAAUUUGACUUGAAGGAUGGCAACACCUUGACGCCGAUGCAGCUGCACCAAGCCGUGCUGGAGCUGUUGAAUGCGGCCGCCCCACCAAGAGUGUAUAGGGUGAGAUCCAAGCUUGCAACUCAGCUGGCAAGGAGAGCAACUCCGUUGCUGGGCCUUAUGAGUCCCAAGAGCAUAGUUGACCUGAUGCACUGUCUCUCAGUGCUUCGUUUCAGUUGCCUCCAUGAGUCCUUGUUCCAGCAACUGGGCGAAAGAAUAAAUUUGUCUCGAAGCAUGCACUUCCGAGAGGCUUCAAAUCGAAAUUGGUGGUUGGGCCCUGAAUGUUGGCGAAUGGGAAGGAAUAGGCUGCUGGAAGAUUUGUGGAGGAAGUUGAAAAGUAUGAUGAAGGCUUGGCAGCUUCGAAUGUCACACCCCCUGCACCAGGCAAGCUCAGCAUGGACAACAAAGGAAGCACCAAAAGGACCUGUUCUUGGCAAGGACCCACAGGUGCCCAUGGGAGCAGCCGGACUUUGGUUGAAAUUGUGUGCUGAGUUGAACCCUAUCGUUGCAGCUUCGGCAAGGUUUCCCAUCUUUGCUGCCUUUUUCUCCCUUCCAGCCAGCCCCUUUGGGUUCACAGCUUUCUCUUCCAGCUCCACGCAUGGCAGGAAAUGGCAUGCUCGCAUGGCGAGACGCAGGUUGCGGUGCCUCAAUGGCAAGUUGGGUGGCUGGACCAUGGUCCAGAGCAACAGCAAAGCUUUCAAGCAGCACGAAAUGUUCUCCCACAGCCAAUUGGUAUCCAUUUUGCAGUCACUGUCAGCCCUUCGGUACUACAACAUGUCGCUUCUGAACUCGGUUCUGGAUCAAUUUCAUCUGUUGUGGAAGCAAGCCCCAGAUGUCGAUAUGCCCUGGGUGGUCAUGGCAGUACAUGCAUGUGCGAAAAUGCAUCAUCACCACGAUGUCUUCCUUGAUUGUGUGUGCGAAUCGCUGCAAGCCAGUGGUGGUUGGCAAACGCUUGGAGAUGCCAAGACGGUUUCAAGGACCCUUUGGUCGCUUGGCGUGCUGGGGCGGUUGGAUACUGAGCUGCUGGAAUCUGGUUGUUCAAGGAUCCGGAGCCUCCAGGCUGUGGAGAAGACUCCAUUCCCCAAUUCAUGCAUCAGGCAAAUUGUGCAGGCAUCCAAGACAAUACAGUGCGUGCCAGCAGAAGGGAGCUAUAGCACAGUGCUGGGCUGGGGAGAAUUGCGUGUGCUGGCAACCAAAACGUCCUAUUUCCAGAGGGAUGUGGCCAACACUCUGAAGAGGGCAGGCUACAGCAAUGUGCUGGAAGUGCCCCUGGGUGAUGGACUGGUGGUGGUCGACAUCAUGGUGGAAUCACACAACCUUGUGAUUGAAGUGGAUGGCCCUGAACACUUCUCCAGCAACAAAUUCCGUGGACAGCUUAGACCAUUGGGUUCUACUGAACUGAGGAACAGGAUCAUCCAGAGGCUUGGGUUUCAGGUAUUCUAG